CACAAACAGUCAGCAUUUUCUAGUUUGUUGGCAUGGGCAGUGUUUGUAGUCUAAUACUGUUUACAAACUUUUUGGUUGUAGCAUCUGCUUCAAGAAUUAUGCCCUUUUAUAAAUUUAUCUGGAUUCAGCUCUAGCACACCUAUAUUUAUAAUAUUGUAUAUCUAUCAUAUCUCUUAUCACCUCCAGUCCUCCCCAAGCUGUCCUAACCUAACUUCUACUGUAUAUUUCUGGUUUAUCAUAUUCCUUUUAUCUUUCUUUCUCUAUACCAAGGUUGAUGCAAACAAUGGACAAAUGUCGUCGUAAACGACCCAAAAUCACUACUUCCGAUCAGUCUGAAGAGGUUGUCAGCAAUGAAUGGGAAUUCAUUCAUAUGAGUGAGCAAGAAGAAGAUCUCAUCUACAGAAUGUAUAGACUCGUAGGAGAAAGGUGGGACUUAAUAGCUGGUCGGAUUCCGGGUCGAACAGCAGUAGAAUUGGAGAGGUUUUGGAUAAUGAGACAUUCUGACAUGUUUGCUGAGAAACGAAACAGGUAUAACAAAGAAAACUCAAAAACUGUUCUGCAUUGAACUUUCAAUGGAUUUGGAUAGUCGACUUCUCUUCCCAUGGUUCUGUGGCUUCUGAUUUUGUGCAGUGAUUGAUGUAUUUCUCACUGCAGUUCUUAGCAACUGUCUUGCAAAAACUUGUAAAUUAAAUGGCAAAGGUAAUGUUCAUGAAUC